ACUUAAUCUAGUGUCGAUUAGUGAUACGAAUAACUCCUCUGUACUGCGUUUGAACUGGUGGAUUUGAGGAGCCUUUGACGCGCGUGUGUUAUUUAAAUUAGCUGACGUUAGCGGUGUAACGUUAGCUCUGUGCUCGGCUAGCUAGCUAACCAUAGCCAAAAAAUAACAAACAAAAGAAGUCUCCUUGGCAGCGAACCCUUGGCGAAUUUAAAACCAAACGUAUCCACUCGUUAAAACCAAUCGCCGUCUAGCAGGCGUCGGUAAAACAUCAGAAACGCUGGACAAGCUUAAUAUCUUAGAUUUGAAUGGACAAGGCAGCCAGAAAUACACAGCCCAGCUAGUGAGGCCCAUUAGAGGUUCAGUGAUGCCUGUGGUGAAGAAGAAGAGGAAGCUCCCAGACGCAGAAGAUCAUGGGCGCAAGUCUAAAAUUACAAGUUUCACCCGGCCUCAGAUCCGCGGCGCGAGGCCGGUCGGCGCCGAGAAGCUGUUCUCCAAUAAGAAGUGCCUGGCCUGGUUCCACGGCUACGCCGGCGCCGACAAGGUGGUCGGUCCGGAGGCCAUGGAGAAGUUCUGCGAAGACAUUGGCGUGGAGCCGGAGAAUAUUAUCAUGUUAGUUUUAGCCUGGCAUCUAGAAGCAGCGAGUAUGGGCUUCUUCACGAAAGAGGAGUGGCUCAGGGGAAUGACGUUACUAGAGUGUGACUGCACGGAGAGGUUACAGAGCAAACUGGAUUACCUGCGCAGUGAGCUCAACGACUCGGCACUCUUCAAAAACAUCUACAGAUACGCCUUUGACUUCGCUAGAGAUAAGGACCAGAGGAGUUUGGACAUGGACACGGCUAAAUCCAUGCUGGCCUUGCUGCUAGGGAGAACAUGGCCACUCUUCCCAGUCUUCCACCAGUUCCUGGAGCAGUCCAAGUACAAGGGCAUGAAUAAGGACCAGUGGUACAACGUCCUGGAGUUCAGCCGGACCAUCAACGCAGACCUCAGUAACUACGAUGAAGACGGAGCGUGGCCAGUGCUGCUGGACGAGUUUGUGGAAUGGCAGAAAGCGUGGUCAGCAUCGUAGCGGACGACGUCACUACACCCAAAAACAAGGAAGAGAGAGAGAGGGAGGAAGAGAGAGAGAG